AUGGUACUCAAUACCUUUUCAAAAUAUUGGAUGAUUCAACUCGUGUACUCGUGGAAGCCGCAGCUAUCACCACGGUUCCACAUUGUUAUUAGUCACCCCUUCUCGGUGUCCUUGUCUGUUUUUGCUUGUCCUUCGUUCUUCCUCUGGCUCAAGAUAGCGACGAGCUGGUUCGACCACACCUUCUGUUUCCUGCAUCCAUCGACAUGCCGUUGCCACAUCCUUUUUCAUAAGCAUCCGUUGCUGCAGCUACACAUCAGCAACUUCGCCCAAGUUAUUCUCAAACGGUCCGGAGAAGCAUCCUGCAUAUACCUACCCGAUGUGACACACAAAACAAUCUUACGAAUGAACCGUACACGACAGCGACAGAGGUACAAAUGUCACGCUCAUCCCAAAGCAUUCUGUGCGCAGUGUUGCACUGUGGGAAAACUUGAUCACUCAUCGCUUUGACGGCAACCUGGACUCAGGAGGGAGCACAUGGGCGCGGAAGUCAUUUUGAAGCAGUCGUAAUUUGCAGUGAAAUGCAGCCGGCAACUUGGCUCAAUCCCCCGAAUCGACAGUGGAAUGAGAGGAAAGGGGAACCCCUAAAGGCAAAAUCUAAGGAGGAAUGAGGCGGACGCAGAUGGUGCCCCCAUGCAUUUUGUUAUUCAAAUAAAGAGUAUAUACAUUGA